UCACCAGUCACCUGACACAAGAAAUGAUGAGGUCAUUUAAACCCAGAUUCCAGGAAGCAUCAAAAUGGAGGCUAACCUCAGGUCUUGGACUCUGAUCAUCUUCCAAGAAGCCACCCAGAAACAGAUUUGUGGUUACUAUGAUGUGGCCAAGUACCUGAACAUCUCUUCUAAGAAGGAACUCUUCUCAUACACCAUACCCAAGAGAAAUUGGGAAGAAUCGUUAGAGGUUCAACUAGACUUCACCCUGGUGUCCAUCCUUUCAGUGCAAGAAAAAUUGCAGGUGGUCACAUUCUAUUUCUGGCUUCAUGUGAGCUGGAAAAAUGAUUUCAUCUCAUGGGAUCCCUUGGAUUUCUGUAACAUUACAAGGAUCACUCUUCCUGUGAAACUAUUUUGGACCCCAGACAUUUACAUAGAUGAACGGGCCGAUGAAGACAAGUUCACACUCAGCCCUAUGGCAUUUGUCACAUCCGAUGGCUACAUUCAUUUGCUUCAAACCUACCGACUCACUUCAUCCUGCGGUCUGGAUGUCCAUGCAUUUCCUUUCGAUAAACAAAAAUGCAACCUAACCAUGACCACAAUAUGUUCAGAUAAGGAAAUACUAUUGAAGAGCUCUAAAUCUUCCAUGAAAGCAAACCAAGAUAGUCACAAAAGUUUCUUGAGCGGUGGAGAAUGGAAGUUUGAGGAACUGAGGAUCAUAGAGCACACCUUGGGAUAUGAUAUAAGCAACUUUAGUAUUGUCACUUAUGAGGUUUCUAUGAAGAGGCAAUCCAUUUUGUAUGUGUUGGUUCUGAUCCUGCCAACUUUUACUCUGUUCUUGCUGGAUAUGGCUAUUUCUUAUGCGUUUGCUUGCCCUGGAGAAAAGAUUGCUUUCAAAGUGACACUGAUCCUGCAAGUCUCACUCUUGUCAUUGAUUCUGAAUGAUAUGCUACCGUCAGCAUCCGAUGAUCCACCAGUCAUAGCCAUGUUUUUCACUGGGAUAUUUGUAUUUAUGGUCUUUGGUAUCCUGGAGAAUGCUUUCGUACUCUAUCUUAAACAGAAGAAACCAGAGUCCCCACCCUUCAUGAGGAAUAAAUUUAUGAAUAUAAUUCUGAGAAAGAAGAAAAAGCAAUCUGAGAAGCCUGUGGCUGAUUUAGGAGAUGGGCUGCCCAAAGGGAGCCAGCAGGCAGGCAGACCAUCCUUGUCAGAAAAGUGCCAUGAAGAAGAGAGUUUGGUGUUUCUGAAACAUAUUAAUGCAGAAUUACAACAGAUCAGGAAACAUCUCUCCCUAGAAGAAUGCCAGGAUGACUCUGAAUCAGUUGUGUGGGAUAAUAUGAUCCUCCUUGUGGAGAAAGGGCUUUAUUUUACCCGCCUGAUUUUCUCACUCAUCUUUUUAACUUUUGUUGCCAUGCAGUGGACAUGCUAAAUUAUAUAUUAUUGGUAUUUGUGGUAGACCAAGGGGUGCAUAACCAAUGCCCAUUGUACAAGUAUGCUAAUUUACCAAUCUGUUAUUUGUAUAAAGUCAGUAAAUGCUACCUGAUGAAAUGCCUCAGCCAAGUGCUGUUUGCUGUUGGAAGUUGGCUUACUAAAGUCAAAGCCUUUCAUGUUUGGAAAUAUGUAAAAACACUGCAAAAUUUAUGACUCAAUCAAGCAUCACAAAACCAAUUAUUCAGAAGUGCUGGUUUUUCAAGGCUUCAUUGAGUGGCAGGUUUUCUAGCCUGGCGUCAGUAUGUGGCAUCCUCAAGCUUUUGCCAGGGCCCCAGCGGGGUUCUCUGCUGACACAACAUUCAUGCACUCCUUUCAAAAACGUGUCUGGGUCCAGGAAUUGCCAUUUAAAUUUCCCACAAUUCCCCAGAGCAAUGCCUCGUUGGAGGCAUUGUGGGAAUUUUACAUGGUAACUUCUGGAGACUGCUAUCCAGGUACAUCAGAGAAAAGCCAUUGGCGUAAGAUGGGGGCCCAUGAGUAGACAUUUUGCCAAGAGCUCCCUCAAAGCUGGAGCCACCUCUGCACAUUUUGUCUUGUUUCAAUGUACUUCCCAGAAUAAUCAGUACCUAAGGUGCAAAAACGGAGUGCUUUGAUGAAGAGUUACCUAGCCGAAGAUGAAGAUGAAGUAGAGGUGGUUCUGGG